UGCACGCAGAGGACACAUUUUGCACCCCGCCCGAGAAAAUGGCUUUUUGACGUGGUGAGGAUACUUUUUCAAUUUCUGAGCAAAAAUGUCUAAAAGCAAACAUUGCGAGGCGGUGAGGGUGGUGGUCCGCUGCCGGCCGCUGAGCAGGAGAGAGGCGGCCGCAGAGUGUGAUAACAUUUUGCAGAUUGAUGACAGACUGGGGCAGAUCACCAUCAGAAACCCGAAAGCGCCACCUGAUGAGCCCAUGAAAGUGUUCACGUUUGAUUCCGUGUACGGCUGGGGCUCAAAACAAAGCGACAUCUAUGACGAUGCUGUGAGACCUCUGGUGGAGUCGGUGCUCCAGGGCUUCAACGGGACUAUAUUUGCGUAUGGGCAAACUGGGACAGGUAAAACACACACCAUGCAGGGGGUGUCAAACGACCCAGACAUGAGAGGGGUCAUACCGAAUUCAUUUGUGCACAUUUUCACACAAAUAUCCAGGACUCAGAAUCAGAAGUACCUGGUGAGGUCAUCAUAUCUUGAGAUCUAUCAGGAGGAAAUCAGAGAUCUGCUGUGCAAGGACAACAACAAGAAGCUAGAGCUGAAAGAAAGUGCCGACUUUGGGGUUUAUGUUAAAGAUCUAUCUUCUGUGGUCACAAAGAACGCAGCCGAGAUUGAACAUGUGAUGAACAUAGGCAACCAGUCCAGAUCUGUGGGGUUCACCAACAUGAAUGAGCGCAGCUCUCGCUCCCAUGCCAUUUUUGUAAUAACGGUGGAGUGCAGUGAAGUGGGGCCAGAUGGCGAGGACCACAUCCGGGUUGGGAAGUUAAACAUGGUCGACCUGGCUGGAAGCGAGCGCCAGAGCAAGACAGGUGCAAAGGGGAAGCGUCUUAAGGAGGCAGCCAAAAUCAACCUGUCCCUGUCAGCUCUGGGGAAUGUUAUCUCAGCCCUGGUGGACGGGAAGAGCACCCACGUCCCGUACAGAGACUCCAAGCUGACCCGCUUGCUCCAGGACUCUCUGGGUGGCAAUGCAAAGACAGUCAUGAUCGCAACAGUGGGGCCAUCGCACAAGAACUUUGAGGAAUCCCUGGCCACGCUGAGGUACGCCAGCCGGGCCAAGAACAUCAAGAACAAACCUCGGAUUAAUGAAGAUCCUAAAGAUGCUCUUCUGAGGGAGUUUCAGGAGGAGAUUGCACGCUUGAAAGCCCAGUUAGAGGAGCGAGGGAUGUUGGCAAAAGAGAGGAGGAGGAGGAGGAACAGCAAAAGGCUGAGUAAAAGUCUGGCUGGUAUGGAGGAGGAGAUGCUCAGAGAGAAGGAUGGAGAUGUUUGGAAGGCUUUAGAAGAAGGACCAGAGGUGGAAUCACACAUAAAAGAUGGAGUUGACGUCCCAAAAGCCCUGACCUGUCAGGGGAGCGGUGAGAAGUUAAAGCACCUGAAUGAGAACAGAAAAAGUUUAGUGGACAUGCAGUGGGACCAGGAUGCUCUGGAGAAGAUCAUUGAGAAAUAUAAGGCUAUGGAGAGCAAACUGUUAGUGGGAGGAAAGACUAUAAUUGAUCACACUAAUGAACAGCAAAAAAUGCUGGAGCUGAAGAGGCAAGAGAUUGCAGAACAGAUAAGACGAGAGCGAGAGAUCCAGCAGCAGAUGAUGCUGCAGGACGAGGAGACCUUAGAAAUGAUAGAGACGUUCUCCUCCCUGCAGCAGGAAGUGGAACAUAAGACAAAAAAGCUGAAGAGGUUAUAUGCCAAACUGCAGUUGGUGAAGGCCGAGAUGAGAGAUGUCAUUGAUGAACACGUCAUAACCAGACAGGAGCUCGAACAGACUCAGACUGAACUCACCAGAGAACUCAAGUACAAAUAUCUCUUGAUUGAGAACUUUAUACCUCCAGAGGAAAAGAACAAGAUCAUGAACAGGCUGCACUUUGACAGUGAGGAGGACCAGUGGAGACUCCAGCCCGUCAUUCCAUCAGAGAGUGCACCCACUCAGGUCAAGAGAAGGCCUCUCUCAGCUGUGGGAUACAAGAGGCCAAUCAGCCAAUACGCACAGAUGGCUGUUUCCACGGCAACCGGGACCCCAUCAAGAUAUCAGGCUGAGAACAUCAUGCUGUUGGAGUUAGACAUGUCUCCACCGACCUUGUUCACCUUAAACCUUCAUGGCGCUCACCUGGAGAGAGCCUUCUCGCCGAGGCUGAUGCAGGAUCUUCUGGUAACUGUUCCGAUCAGAGAGAGGAGAACAGCAUCGUCACGGGUCAGGAAGUCCCAGUCCUGGUAUCAAGCACCGCAAGCAUCAUCCAUGGCAUCAUCCUCAUCAUCCACCACACUGACAUCAGGAUCUCAGAGCUUCUCUCCCACUCAGAGACAACGACCAUCCUCUGCUGCCUAUCUUCCAACAUUAGAUCCAGUUCAGACAAGCCCCUGAUAUCCUGAUCUGUGCAAACACAACUACUGUACA